AUGAAAAAAAUUCAAAUAAAAAGCAAUAAAAGAAUAAAAACUUUAACAAAUUUCAUACCAUACAAAUCUUAUAAAACUUUUUCUUUUGACGAAACAACAUCAUCUUCUACAAUAGAAGAACUGGUGAUGGAAGCUGAACGAACAUAUAAAUUUACCGUAUUUCUUUAUGAUGAUAUCUACUUUGAUACACAUUAUCUUCAAAUAGAACUUGUACAAGAAUCAUCAUCAAUUAUUAUAAAUAUUGAAUUUUUUACUGGACAUAAUCUUGUAUUACCACAUAUCGACGAACUAUUGUCAGUUGUCUUUCAUCCAUCCAAGUUCAUACAAAUAUGGGACCUACCAGAUCAAUUUCGAUAUAAAUAUCCAGUCUAUCCAGUAUAUCGUACCGGUGGAAUCCUACAAUGUCAUAUUGUUAAUAUUCAAGAUGAUUUUAAAAUAUGA